GGAGUGGUAGCGGGUAGAACCAAUACGUACCGUGUUUGUAUAUAGUGCGUUGCGACCAUUGGUCUACAAUUUGUCGACCAAUCAUUGAGAAAGUGCACACUAAAAUAUCCAAUUUAACUGAAAAGAACAGAGCUCCAUGGAACAGCAGAUAGCCACAACAGCUGAUGGCCAAGUCGUCUUACAACCGAUCCAAGGUGUGGGGCCGGGCCAGGUGCAGGUGAUGCAAAUGAACACUGGCCAGGUUAUUCAAGGAGCAAAUGGCCAGCAAAUAAUGGUGCAUGCAGUCCCAUCCAAUGGCCAACUCCAAGUAGCUACAGCUGGAGGAACACAAGGAUUACAACAGAUACAGGUUGUUCCUGUAAGCAGUCUACAGACAAGCCAAGUGCUGGUUCAACCCCAACAACAACCACAACUAGUGCAAACAUCUGACGGCCAGACUUUUAUUUACCAUCCAAUGACAAUUGAAGGAGGCAUACAACAAACUACUCCAACAGUUUUAAACAUAAAUGGCAACUUGGUACAAAUAGCGGGGACAGCUCAGGCAGCAACAACGAAUGGAGUUACUCAAACGACGGUGGCAUCUCCAACGUCUCAAGUAGUACCACAGACUCUGACAGCUAGUACUUCUCCAAAUCAGCUAGCUAUGGCUAACGGAAACUUAGUCAUGGUGAGAAACGCCGCAGACAUGGUACCAAGUGCAAGUGGCCAACAGUUUCAGAGAGUACAAAUCCCCGGAACGGAGUUUUUGGAAGAAGAACCUUUAUAUGUAAACGCCAAACAGUAUAGAAGAAUUCUCAAAAGAAGGCAAGCUAGAGCGAAAUUAGAGUCUGAGGGAAAAAUACCCAAAGAAAGACCGAAAUAUCUUCAUGAGUCAAGGCAUAGACAUGCAAUGAAUAGGAUACGAGGGGAAGGAGGACGAUUUCAUUCUGGAUCAGUCAAGAAAAGAAGGGAAGAACAAGCGAGACUACAACAACAGCAACAGCAGCAGCACCAUCAUCAGCAGCAACAAACCCAUCACGAAGUGCAAGGUACAAUUGGUGUGUCAUACGGAAAUAUCGAAAUGGCCACACCGAUUAUUAUAGAGGGAGUUAUGCCUGACAUAAUUAAGACAGAUCCGCUCUCUAUAGAAGGAAAUUAGUAAAGGAUAAAUUACUAAAUUAUUA